GAUGUCGUGAUUGUUGUUGCCGUCUCGACUGCUGUGUACCUUGCAAGCGUGCUUGUGGAUGGGAAUAACAGUGUAGCAGACUGAAACGCAAUCAAACGCUUGUUGUUAGCUGGUCCUGUCGCACAUUUCUAACAUAUUUACUGUAACAUAUAGCUGACAAGCUAGCGGGGCUCCGGUUAAAUCUAACGACGGUGGACUGUACAGAUGGCGGCCGUGAGGAGUAUGAGCAAAAUGUAUGGAGCAUGUUUCCAUGCUGUUCGUCAGACGGCAGGUCUGAAGGCAUCGAGGCUGCUCCAACACAGAGCCUUCAGAGUCAGCGCUGUGCAGCGGCAGCAGCCCUUUGAUUCAUCACUGGAAAAGCCACAGUUUCCUGGAGCGUCAGCUGAGUUUGUGGAUCAGCUUGAGUUCAUCCAGCCCAAUGUCAUCUCUGGGAUCCCAGUGUACCGGGUCAUGGACAGGCAGGGCAAUAUCAUCAACCCCUCUCAAGACCCUCAGCUCUCCAAAGAGACAGUUUUGAACUUUUAUCAGAAGAUGACUCUGCUGAACACAAUGGACCGCAUUCUUUACGAGUCUCAGCGACAGGGUCGGAUCUCCUUCUACAUGACCAACUAUGGUGAGGAGGGGACACAUAUUGGUAGUGCUGCUGCUCUUGACCCAAACGACCUGGUCUUCGGUCAAUACAGAGAAGCUGGAGUGCUGAUGUACCGUGGUUUUCCUCUGGAUUUGUUUAUGGCUCAGUGCUACGCCAACGCCGAUGACCUUGGCAAGGGUCGGCAGAUGCCUGUCCACUAUGGCUCCAGAGACCUGAACUUUGUCACCAUCUCCUCUCCUCUGGCCACUCAGAUUCCCCAGGCGGCUGGAGCUGCAUAUGCUUUCAAGAGAGAGAACAUGAACCGUGCUGUAAUCUGUUAUUUCGGAGAGGGAGCAGCCAGCGAAGGGGACGCACACGCCGGCUUCAACUUCUCUGCCACCCUCGAGUGCCCACUAAUAUUCUUCUGCCGUAACAACGGCUACGCCAUCUCUACCCCCACCAACGAGCAGUACAGGGGAGAUGGCAUUGCUGCUCGUGGUCCGGGUUAUGGCAUGCUGUCCAUUCGUGUCGAUGGUAAUGAUGUGUUUGCUGUGUACAAUGCUACAAAGGAGGCACGACGCAGGGCCGUGGCUGAGAACCAGCCAUUCCUCAUUGAGGCAAUGACCUACAGAAUUGGCCACCACAGCACCAGCGAUGACAGCUCAGCUUACCGUUCGGUGGACGAGGUCAACUACUGGGACAAGCAGGACCAUCCCAUUUCCAGGCUGAGACAUUACAUGACGGCCCGUGACUGGUGGAGCGAGGAAGACGAGAGGAGCUGGCGGAAGCAAUCCCGCAAGGUGGUAAUGGAGGCAUUCGAGAAGGCCGAGAAACGCCUAAAGCCCAAUCCCGAACUUCUGUUCACUGAUGUGUACCAGGAGAUGACGCCCAAUCUGAACCAGCAGAGGGAAUCCCUGUGGAGGCACGUGCAGAUGUACAAAGAGCACUACCCACUUGACCAGUAUGAUAAGUAACUGCACUAACAGGAUGGAACGAGUUGUGAUUUGAUGACUAAAUGUGGGUGGUGGAGUGAAACUGGGAUAAACUGUUGCACACCUUUUACUGUAUCUAGUUUUGAUAUGACAUUUCUUUCUGCACAACAGAGGGAGAGGAGAAGAUUGUGCUUUCUCCAAUGCUGUACUUCAUGCCUCUGGGUUGGUGCCUUAAGUUAAUGGUGUGUUUAGUCACACUUAACAAUAGUUUAACAGUAAUUCCAGUGUUCUUUGUUUUGUUUUUUUCAAAGUGCAGCAAAACCAGCUGGUGCAGUUUGACUGCAUUAUGCAUACUAAAGUAACAUACAAAUCAAGCAAUAAAUGGUGGAAGUUUACCCGUUUUGUAUGUUCUCUCUCAAGUAACGGUCCUCUUCAGUGAUUAUGGUAUUUAACAGGUUUCCUUGUGUAUCAUUGAGGUGACUGAUUUAACUCGUGUUAAAAAACUUUCCUAUUUUAAUGGUUUAAGUAUACACACCCAAAUUUUAGAUGGGUUUGUAUGCUGUUACACACUAAUCUCAAUCCCAGAACUGUACACCCUUCUAGCUCAUGUUACGUUUGGUGUUUUGUGGAAAAUAAAAUAUGAAACUUUCA